GUUUUGUAUUAUUCGCUUCACUUGUCGCCAUUUUGUUGCCUUUGUUUUGAGAAUCUCUAAACGUUUUCAUUCUUUUAAUACUAUUAGUCAUUAGCCAACAGCCUUUCUUCAAUCAUUUGCGAAACUAAAUAAUCUAAGUAUUCCAAGUGAGUAUACAACAUAUGUAUAUUUUUAUAUUAUACAACUAUGUUAUGAAAUAAGUCUGUGAUUCGGGGGCCUUUUAAAAGGUACUAGGCUUAGUGAAAGUAUGUCACGAGGUUACCUAUUGAACGACGAAUACGCAGCUGACCUCGGCUGCGAAGCACUUUGCAAAUUUAGAGAUAGCAAAUUUCACAUUACACAUCGGUUAAUUAAUGGCAUUUACCACAAUUUAUUUAAUGUUUGCUAUCAUUGAAAUUUACAUUCGAAACUGAUGCUUCACUAUACGUUUAAUUAGUAGUUUGCACCAGAAUAAUAAUUUUUUUUUUCGUAGUUGAAUCAUGGCUCGUACUAAACAGACCGCGCGUAAGUCUACUGGUGGCAAAGCUCCUCGUAAACAGUUGGCGACCAAAGCCGCUAGGAAAAGCGCACAGACAACUGGUGGCGUGAAGAAACCCCAUCGUUACCGCCCAGGAACUGUUGCUCUUCGUGAAAUUCGCCGUUAUCAGAAAUCUACAGAGUUGCUUAUCCGUAAAUUGCCGUUUCAACGUUUGGUUCGUGAAAUCGCACAAGAUUUCAAAACUGAUUUGCGCUUCCAGAGUGCGGCUAUCGGAGCGUUACAAGUUUGUUUUUUAUUUAUAAAACAUUGACAAAUACUAUAUUUAUGUUACCGUCCUUUACAUAGGUACUUUAAUUUAUUACAAUUUCAAUUUAUGUAUUUAUUAUUACUGUACCCAAUAGACAUGUCUUUAUUAUUUUUUGAAAUCAAUCUUAGUAUUGGUAUGCAAUAAUCCUCUAAUUUUCCUUAUUAUUUGUUUUUCUCCUGAUUUCUUAAUGUGAACUUUGGUUCAUCAUUAUUUGUUGCCUAUCGUCCAAGUCUAGGAAAAAUAAAAAAAAUGUAUGUUUAUAUUUCAUUCAAUUUUUAUUUUAAUCAAGAAAUAUGUGUAUAAGAGUUCAUUCACUAUUUUUGAUAUUAACUGGCGUGGGCACAGGGUGUGGCCUGGCACUACCCAAAAAUUGUACAUAAACAUUUUUUUUUUUUUGUUAUUAUUUUGACAUUAUUAAGACAACAGUAGGUACGAGUUAUAUAUUUUGUAAAAUUUCCAUUACUUAUUCUUAAUUUAAAAUUUAAUUCAUACAUUUCGAAUUCACUACUGAUUUUAUUCUUAUCUUUUACGACUUACCAAAUAUACUAAUUUAAUUGAAAUUACCCAAGUAUUUACUUAUAGAAACUGAUUAUUAUACACUGUGUGAUACACCUGUACAUUGGAGUAAGUUUUCUAGGAUAAAAGUGGUCUACAGUAUAAAAAAAAAGUACCAUUAUAAAAAAAUGAAAAAAGUCAUCCAAUAAUUUUGGAAAUUUUACUACGUCUAGAUAAGCCCAAUAUAAAUAUUAUUAUCAUGUUUCAAGUCUCUACAUAUAUUUAUAACCGAAUUACAGCAAAAAAACUCUCAAAAAUUAAAAUUCCUUAAAAGCUCAAAAGUUUUGACAAUGAUACCUUAAGAAAGUAAAUAAAAAAGCAAUAAAAAAAGGUAUCUUGUGAUUUUUAAAUUAAAUCAUUUUUUUCUGGUAGAAAACAUCCGUGUUUUAAUAAAAUAAUUAUAUUAUGAAAUUGUACAUUUUCCCACAUAAGUGCUUUUAUUGGCGUAAAAAAUCAAAAGUGACAUUUCUAAAGUACCAUCUAGACAACUUGAAUUUUCAGAAAAGUUACUUCAAGUAAAAAUCAGAGCAAGUUUACUCGAAAAAAACGUUAAAAUAUACAUUUUAAAUAAAUACAUUUUUUUAUAUGUACCUACAUUUUUAUAUUUGUUUACACUCCAUGUGUAUACAUCAUUUAUUUUCUUUUUAAAUUUAGAAUUUUUUUUUUUUUUUGAAAGUUAAUAUAAAUAUUUUAUUAUUGUAUCUAUCAUGAUGUAAUGUACAAUUAUUUCAAAUGACUUGAUAUACAAUAUACCUAUUGAUUUUUAAAAAUAAAUAUAAAUUAUAAAUCUAAAUUUUUAUAUUUUUAAUAAUUUAAUAUUUAUUUUAAGUUGAUUUUUUAUAUUUUAUACUAAAACUACAAUAGUUAUAUUUGUUAAUUUUCGAUUAUGGACUGCAGAUUUCAACAACUUGCUCCGAUAAUUAUUUUUGUAAAAACAUUUAAAAUAUUAUUGAAUGGUCUUAAAAUAUAUCGUAGGUACCUAGUUAAUACUAUAUAAUACUAUGUAGUAAUAACUUAUAAUAUUAAUUUUUAUAUUAUAAUAGUUAAAAUAAUUAUAUUGCCUUUAUAACAGUUUCAUAUUUUUUUCAUUUCCUUUUUUUCCUGACCCCUUUUUUUGAUAGGCCUUAUUUAUUUAUAUUUUAAAAGGAAAACAUUUUUAAUUUUUACACACUAUUAUGCUUUCUGUAAUUUAUCCAAACAUUCCAUUAUUAAUUUCUUGAUACUUUUAAAUUAUUUUUAUUAUUUUUUUUAUAUUAACUAGGAGGCCAGUGAAUCAUACUUAGUAGGACUAUUUGAGGAUACCAACUUAUGCGCUAUUCACGCCAAACGUGUCACCAUCAUGCCUAAAGACAUUCAAUUAGCAAGACGUAUCCGAGGUGAACGAGCUUAAUCUGUGUCCUAUAUUAAUCAAAUAAUUUUAAAUUCAGUUAUGUCUGAAUUGUUUUUUUCAUAUUAUAUUCUGCACAUUUCUUUUCAGAUUAUCAUAAUAGUUAGUAAGUAUUGUAUUAAUAAUUAAUUGUUUCAUUUUUUUUUUUUGUUAAAGUUUUUAAUAGUUUAUCUUAGGGAACUUCAAAAUGUAUUUAACAAUAACAGUAUUAUGAAAUACCUAUGUCACUGUAUUGAAUUUCUAUUUUGACAGAUAAGAUACACAAUUUUAAUAAUUAUCUACCUAAUAAUAAUAAUGUGGUAAAUUCAUGUUUGCGUAUAUGAAUAAAAAUAUUUUUUUUUUUUCAAAUAAAUAUAACUAUUGGCCUUUUUUAUACUAUAAAAAUUAAUAGAUAAUUAUUUUUUAAAAAACCUAUUAUACAAUAUUGCAUAGAAAAAAAAAAUGUAGUUAAAUCAAAAUAAAUCAAAAUGUAUAUAAUUUGUUUCAUGUUCAUUAGAUAAAAGCCUAAUAAUAUAUUCUAUUAAAAAAUCUUCAAACAGUUUAUUUUUAUUUUUUGCUUGAUUGUUGUAAAUCGUGUAUCUCUUGUGAUAUUGACUGUUUCAUAUGCUGGCUGUUCUUCAAUCUCCACUUUUUUCUGUAUCACUGUGUGGAGUUCUAAUAUUUGUUGGAAAAUAAACAUUUUCUGUACUCUUUUGAUCUAGUAGUAUGCUAUUUUCAAAUAUCCUUUUACAUAAGGAGGCCAAAUCUUCCUUUACUCCCUGUUUACAUCUAUUGAAAAUAUAGUUAAAAGUUCAUAUAAAUAUCAAAUAAUAUAAAUUAAUAGAUGAUAAUUACCUUUUAUUAUUAGAAGUGUAACCAAUAGAUACUGAUAUUAAUUAUGUGAAAUACUAGCAUAGUAUCUUCAGCGAAAUACAGUGUACGAAAUAAAU